AUGGUACAAUGCGACAGCGCAGUCUCAAUAACGGUGAUGUUGACCAUCCUAGACUUUUCGGCCCCAAAGUUGCUCGGCAGCACUGGACAGACCACCCGUUCCCGUGCGUACACGUGGGAAGGGAUAGCCGAAGAGCGGAAGCCGGUCGGUGGUGUGCUGGUUCCUGAACGGUGCCUGAAGCCUAUCCCGGUUACGCUUAGUGACCAUGGAUUGGGCGGGUCUCUGGCUGCGGUAUUUUUCGGCGGCCGUGCUGAAGUGUGCCAAUCGGUGCUCGUUGGUACCUGA